AUGCCCAUCUCUACCUUCACAUUACCACCUACUUGGGUUAUGCAGCUCGCUUUGUACGUUGUUGUCGGUGGAUUGGGGAUCUGGAAACUGGCUGCUCCAUAUAUCCCUCAAACAGAUGUUGACAACACAUUAGGUCGACGUCGAAAUGUGUUCAAGUCUAAAAAUAAUGGUGCUGACGAUAAUGAUUUACAGUCUCUCAGGCAUACAGAUGACGAGAUUUGGUAUCCUGGAGGAUUAUACAACAUGGGAAACACAUGUUUCAUGAAUAGCGUGAUUCAAUCGCUUGUAUCAAUGCCUAGACUCGUCAAGUAUCUCGAGCAGCGCAUUGAGAGCUACUAUUUGGACGAUAAUCCACGACCUGCAUUGCCUGUCACCGAAGCCCUAUUCGAUCUGUCAGAGGCAUUGAAUGAUGCUAGUCCAUCUAAAAAGGUAUUUCGGCCUCGUGGAUUGGUGGAUGCGCUAGCUGGGAGUAAAGGAAAUCAAAACCAUCUUCUUGGAUACCAACAACAGGAUGCUCACGAACUCUUUCAGUUUGUGUCGAGUUUCCUUACCAAAGAAGAACAACCCAUUGUUCCACACAUGAUCUCAUCAUUUGCUGAUAUAUCAACUCUUCCACAGCGAUUACCCCUAGUGAAUGGAGCUGUCCUUGGCAAUUUUAUCAAAGCCUGUGUUAGUGGCAAUUUUGUAUACUUACCUAGACGAGUUUUAAUGCGCAGUCCCUUAUCAGGUCUUUUAGCUAGUCGGAUUUGCUGCCAUCAAUGUGGUUACAAGUCACCAUUACGGCACGACAUUUUUGAUAACCUGUCGCUGACGGUUCCUAGCGUGCCAUCAUGUACGCUGGAAAGGAUUAUUGAAAACUACGUACGAAUAGAGUCUAUUCAUGGCUAUAUUUGUGAUCGAUGCUCAUUGUUUGCUACCGCCAAAAAACUCGAGCAAGAUUUAUCACGUUAUGAAAUGAAACUAAAGACUAGCACGGAGGCAUCUGUGCAAGACAUAUCCAAUAUGGAACAUAGUGGUAUUGAGAAAUAUGUAUCAGGAGCAAAGAAAAAAGCAUAUACUAGUUCGGAUAAGAGAAAAAAAAGAAAAAAAGGGAAACCGACUGGCACACCUUUGGGAUCUGAAUCUUCUAGCUCCACUUACACACCCAUUUCUUCACCAUCAACUCAAAACGAGUCUUUUAAACCCUUGGCAACUAGCAUGCAACACAUACUAACAGCAGCUCAUGUAGAUCAAUUGCGUCGCGAUCUGUUGUUUGUCACUGAUGCCAUCAAGGAACAGAAAUACGAUAUAGUGCUACCCCAAACUGUCAACAAAGUCAAAAUUGCAUCUCCCAUCUCUACCAAGCAAAUAUCUAUUGUGUUUCCUCCACCUUGUUUAUGCUUGCAUAUGCAACGUUCAGUGUAUCUCCCAACUGGGCAGUUGAUAAAGAACAAUUCAAGAAUUGUGUUUCAUGAUAUACUCGAUCUAAACAGUCUUGUUGGCAUUCCAUCGCGCUCUAGUACGAGUGUAGCGCGUAUGUUGUCGAUGAUGAAACACAAUACAGUGGUUGAAAAGCAUUGUGCUGAUAAGACUGGAUCAGACGAUUUGUUUUCUGAUACUACAGAGUCUUUAUCGACCGAUCUAGAAAGUCCAAGUCUUGAAAAUGCUACUCACACCGCGCUUCCAUCAGUAACCUCUCUAGCUGGACGUUUUGAUACACCUCAACUAGAUACCCAUAUCGAAUCAGACCCGAGUCAUUCUACAUCUUUGUUGGAUCAAUGUGUUGACACUCAUUUGGAUCAUUCUAGUGUACUUUCCACUCAUGAUACAACGAAUCGAAACCCUGUUUUUGUCGAGUCGAAUACCACUGAUGUAGAUAUCCAGCCACGUCCAUUUGUGUAUCACCUCAAAGCCGUUAUUUUGCAUUAUGGCAGUCAUGACUCGGGACAUUUUGUAACCUAUAGGACAUUUCAAAUGCCUCCUAGCUCUACACAUCCUGAUCAAGCCGGACCUAAUGUAUGGUUUAGAAUUUCAGAUGACCGUGUGGAUCUUGUAAGUGAUGUAGAAGGAGAAGUAUUUGGGCAUGGUGGUCAAUAUGCAUAUAUGCUUUAUUACGAACGGCGAUAAAUCCAAAUGAUGCUCCAUAGGUUGUGGAAAGGUGUACUAUUAUAUUAUUAUGUGUUUUGCGAUAUCAUUUAAUCGAUAUUUUCA